AUGAAAUAAAUUAAAGGUUUUUAUGUUUAUGUAGUUUUGAUUAGCAUAAUAAAGUAUGGCUAUUCAAACACUUUUUCAUGUUAAAUUCUAAAUGAAGAUGAAGUCUAAGAAUGUCCUUUAAUUAAUGAGCCAGUAUGUGCUGUAAUUAAAAAAGAUGUACUCAAAUGUGAUUAAGAGCAGUGCAGAUUGACUUACUAAAAUAAGUGCGAGGCCUGUAAAAAUAGUAAAAUAUUAGACUUUGUUAUCGAAGGUCCAUGCGAAGAUUAUCCUAAGUAGGCAGUUUUUUGUAGCCUACAUAGGAACGAGUAGACUUGUGAUAGUUUAAAUACAAGAAAAAAAAAUAGAAAUAAGAAAGUAUGUGGAUUUUAUAAUUUGAACACUAAAUGUAAUUUGAAUCCUUGCUUUGAAGUCUAUCCUUCACGUUGUUAAGCAUGCAACAACGAAUUGGUAGAUUUUUAUCUUGAAGGUCCAUGUCCAGUCAUGACAUCUUUAUAAUUUAAUUGA